AUGCCAGUUGAAUCGAAAUCGAGGGUGAUAUUAAUCGAAUUGAAAAACUUACCAAACCAACAAUCAAUGAAUUGGGGGAAUAUGGGCAAUGAGCUUGAACCGGUGCCAGAAUUAACUGGCCGACCAAUUCUUGCGAAGCCAAUCGACGUACAGCCACAUUUCCCAAUAUGGAUGGUAGUGAAACAAUACAACAACUCAAUCAACAUCCUUCCUGUCGUUGUCAUGCGCCAUCACCCAUAUAAACCCAAUGAAUUGUGGUCUCUUCAGAAUGCAGUUAAAUAUGCGUAUAAAUUACAUCUUGAUAAAACUUAUCGAUUAAAUCAUUGUUCAAUAUUAUCGUAUCCUGAUCAAAGGAAAAUGGUCAAGUACGCUGUACACGAUGUUUUGGCCGUAACAUUUUUAUUACGACCAAUUAUGGAAAAUUGGACAUUCAAAAUGAUCGAGACCAGAAACAUGAAGGAAGUGUUCGUUGCAUUUGAAUCAAUUGAGCUUGCCCAAUUACAGACAACAAUAAAAAAGAAGAAAAAGAAGAACAUCGAUGUAGAGAAAUUAACGGGGAUAUUCGCAGUCGGCGAUUCUGAUAUCGAACCGAUAUCGUCAGACGAAGAAGUAUACUUACAUCAAAUUAUACAACAAGAUGAUAAAAUGGAAUUAGAAUCAGCAACAACAGCAGCUCUUGGAAUUGACGAUGAAUUAAUUGGUGAUGUAGAGGAAACGAUUGACAUAGUUCAACUAGUUCCUGAUCCGACAGAACAACAACCACCGCAACGAAGAAAGAAGAUUCGAUCAACCGAAGCACAGAAGAAGCACAACAAGAAAAGAAAAGAAGCGAUCAUCUUCGGCUAUUCCGGUAUCAACAUGUUUUGA